UUAGCCCGCUUUCUAAUUAACCGCAGACUAAUUUAUUAUUUAGUAGUUGAGCGAGUAAAAAUAUACCUUUAUGGUACUAAUUAUUAUACCCUCCAAUUAGGAGGAGGUAACGAAUUUAAAUUUUAUAUUAAUAUAUUUUUUACCAAUAAUAUUAACAACCGAAAAAGCUUAUAA